AUGCAGCAAUACUACAUCCUUGCCCUCCUCCCGGCAGUCCUGGGCUGCUUGAACGCCGACACAAACUCGUGCGCCAGCUUCAUCAAGUCUCAGUCAGCCACCGCCUCUGCCUUCUGCGCCACCUUCACCAAGAGCACCGUCACCGCCACCACCGGCCUCCCCGCCUGGGCUACCAACUGCUCCAACAAGCCGUCCCAGAUCUCUGCGGAGUGCACCUGCAACUACAGCGGUGCUGGCGGCAGCUCGCCGACGACCACGCUCAAGACCACCACGACCGCUGGUAGCGGUGGUGCUAUCACUACGCCGGCUGGUGUGACGACAACUUUGCCUGCUUCCAAGGGCGCUACGUCCACCAGCAAGGCCAUCACUGUCUCGGCUGGACAGACUUACGAUGGUGGGAUGAAGAAGUUUGAUCGAAGCCCCCGUGUCUGCCAGGAGCAAACUGAGACCGGCGAAGCCGAUGCCAUGUUUGUCCUAGAGGCCGGAGCUACGCUCGCAAACGUCAUCAUUGGACCUGACCAAGCUGAAGGUGUCCACUGCAAGGGAACCUGCACCCUCAAGCAGUCCAGCGGAACCUCCUAUGUCAUCGGCGGCGGUGCCUUCAAGGCCUCCGACAAGAUUGUCCAGUUCAACGGCUUCGGAACCGUCAGCAUUUCGAAGUUCUACGCCAACGACUACGGCAAGGUUGUACGAAGCUGCGGUAACUGCAGUGGAAACGGCGGUGCCCGCCACAUCAUCAUUGACAACACGAUUGCUGUUAACGGCGGCGUGCUCUGUGGAAUCAACACCAACUACGGCGACACUUGCGUUGUGACCAACUCAUGCCAGGAUGACAACAAGAUCUGCGACAGAUACACAGGCAACAACUCUGGCGCUGAGCCUCCCAAGAUUGGCUCGGGCCCUGACGGCACCUACUGCAAGGCUUCGGGUACUACUACCGCUUGCUGA